GUGAUUUGACUGCAUGGAGAUGGAUGUAAUAUAAUUAUUUACGUUUUUAAUUAAAUACGAAAAUAAAUCUUACUUGUUAUUCUGUCUUUUAGAUAGAAACAAGUUUAUUUUUUGAAGUAUACAUGGAUGUGCAGUGAAAGUGCGCGCUUUUCUAAUCCUAAUCUAAUAAUAGUUCUAACAAUUAAUACCUAGUGAAAUUGUGGUGUGAUGUUAGGUAUUUAAUGCAAGUGACAAGUAUCGACAUGGGGCAGAGUCCAAGCUCUGUUAGGAGUAAGGGCAGCCGGAAAUCCUUUCGCGGAUUUGUGCGACGGUCGAAACUGAACAAAUCCAGUUUAAGUCACACAUUCAGUUUGCCGCCGUCUGAAGAGUAUCCUGAGCUGAUGAAUAUAAAUACAGCGACCGAGGAGCAGCUGAUGACGCUGCCAGGUGUAAACAGGCAGCUAGCGCGGGAAAUUGUCAGACAUCGACAGAUGAUCGGUCGCUUCAAACGAGUCGACGACCUUGCCUUAGUAUCAGGUAUAGGUGCUGAAAAACUGGAUACACUAAGACCAGAAAUAUGUACAAACAUUAGAAAACAGGUGUCUAGGGCUAGUUCAUGUACACACUCACUUGAUAGCUUUAGAUUAUUAUCAGAUAAUAAGUUAUGCUCAGUGAACUCAUCAAGUGUGUUUCAACUACAGUGUGUACCUGGCUUGAACCAAGAAAUAGCAGCUAAUAUAGUCGAUUAUAGGAAUAAGAAAGGUCCAUUUAAGUCAUUAGAUGAUUUAAUUAAAGUAAGAGGAAUAGAUGUUAUCCGACUAAGUGCUGUGAAGGCUCACUUGAGCUUAGAACCAAGGAAGUGUGAGAGUGAACAACACUUAACCAACGGCCAUGUAAAUGGAUGGACGGAUGUGUCCUUAAAUGGCUCUUUAAUGAGUAAUGAAUUAAAAACACCAACAACACCAUGCAGAAAGAGUUUUUCAAUGCCUGCAAAAUUCCCUCUUACAUUGCCGAAUGGAUUUGCCGCAGCACCAGUGAAUGAUAUAUUAGAUUUACUCUCAGCUUAUUCACACAGACCAGUUGUAGAGGAAGUUUUCAUGUACGAACGGGAUGGUGUUAGGUGUUGCCGACUCGCUUCAUGGAAUAUCCACCAGCUGACGAGGGAUAAAGUGAUAAACCCUGGUGUCAGGGAGGUUGUGUGUCGGACAAUAUUAGAAAACAAGUUGUCCAUAAUAGCGAUACAAGAUAUACAGGAAGUAGAGGCUGUUAAAGUGCUGUGUGAGGAGUUGAAUGCACCAACCCUGAGGAGGGUUAGGGAGUGGAGAAGUAAUAGCCAGAAUUGGGAGUAUUGUAUACCACAGAAUACAGAAUGCCAAUCGCUGGGCUUCAUCUACGAGAACUGUAACAAGACGAUCACGAUAGAGGACGUGGCGGUGGACCAGCUGCACCUGGUGGUGGAGGCCGGGGAGGUGAAGAGGCUAAUGGGGCUGCUGGCUGACGCGAGCAGCGAGAGGCUCGUCAGUUGUAGUCAAGCGUUCCUGAUAUGUGGCAGGCCGUUGAUUCUUGUGAACGUGCAUUGCAAAGAUGCGCUCGGCGAAGAGGAUAGCAAGAGACUGAAGGAGAUAGCGGAUGUCGCGGUCGCGGCGAAGCUCCAGCUCGCUUUCUUGGGCGAGUUUCAGAAGUGGGAUAAUAUUGGGCUGUUACAGAAUUGCGAAUCGUUACUCGACGAAGAAAUAAAAACAACAGUGGAUGCGAAUUUUUCCGGAAAGAGCACAAUUUUAUGCCCUGGGACCAUAGACGCUAGCAAUUUUAUAGGACGUUCGGGGGCUGUUAAAUCUGGGCUCUGUCAUCUGGCAAUACCACGCGGCUGGUCUUGGGGCGGGCCAGCGUCACCCUUCUGCCCAGUGUGGACAGAACUAAAAAUACCCGAUUGACAAAAAAUAAAAGUUGUCGAUGGUAGAAAAUUAUCUGUGGUGUAUUGCGCGACGACAGCGCUCUUCCUUCUCAUACAGUGUCUAUACUUUCUGUUCCAUAUCUUAAACUUCGUAUAGGUCGGCCAUUUUGAAUUUUUCUGAAGUUCCCGCUAUUUUUACGUUUUCUUUUUUUGGGGGGGAUUUUGAAUAGUUUAAGCAAAUCAAAUUAAUUUUGCAUUUUGUCGAAUUAUUACUUACGUAAUCAAUGAUUGUAUUUAUUGUAAUAUAUUUAUGACAUAAUAUAUUCGAGUGUAGAUAAUAAAAAUUUCUGUAAAUAGGCUGUAAUUAUUAUCGUAUCAUGUUCCUUUUAUACUUCCAUUUGAAUAGCUAAAGAAUUGCGUCCUCAGGUUGAAAUACUAUUAUAAAAAUGCUAUAUUUUUGAAGAUAGAUAAAAUGCUCUACUUAACAUUUUCAGGAAUUCCAUUUUUAGAUUGUAAGAAAUCGAUGCCAAAUUUUUCGUGUCAAUAAAGUAAUUUUUAUCAGAUUCGUGUAGAUUUCAACAGUUUUUUUGAAUAUUAACAAUAUUUUUCUCGAAACUACGGUAGUGAUUAUUUUCCAAUAUUUACUUAGAGAAUAGAAGAAAAUAUUUUUGAUGCGCAAUAGUUAAAAUUCCAUACGACUAGUGUUACGGGCAUCUUAAUUAAAUUGUAACGUUGUAUGUACCUGAGAAAAUUUCCUCUUAGAUAUUAAAAUAGAGUGGAUAAAAUAUAUAUGUAUUUUUUUUUUGCUUCUCAAAAGAAUUUAGUUCAAAUUGUUUGCCAACAAAUAAGUUAUUGUUACGAAGUCAGUCCGUGCGAAGAAAUAAAUCGUCUCAAGUAUAGAGAUUAUGGAAAUUAUGUGAUAUCACAUACAAAGUAUUCGAUGAAUUAAUAUUUUUGUAUGAUGUGUAUAAACUGUGUAGUGAUUGAUCUCGUAUUUAUAAAUGUAGAGUUUAUUUUUACGAAUGUGACACUUGCAAAGUUUUUUUUUUUUUGUUGGCCUCGAGACCGUGGUUU